AUGAAGUAUGGUGCCAAACCGUUCUUGGCACAAAAAGACCGUUUGAACACCACUCGUUCAAACAAUGACUCGUCUGUCGAGAUGCGCUGGCUACCUUGGAACGCAGAAGAAGAUGCGGCAACGUCAGACGACAUUUUCAGAAACCUAGGAACAACGUCACCAUAUCACCAAGCGUUUGACCUGUUUCCAGAGACAAUCGAGCACCAAGUACUGCCUCCGCAAUGUAAAAUCAAAUCCGCGCAUAUCCUUCAUCGACAUGGGUCUCGUUAUCCUGCAGGCCCCGGGGGUCCUUCUUCCUUAGGUAGAAAGAUCAAGUUGGCACAGAAAACCGGACAACUCAAAGCGCAUGGCGAUUUUGAAUUUCUGGAACAUUGGGAAUAUGAUUUGGGGGAAGAUGUGCUUGUGCAUAAGGGCGCACAGGAAUUGUUUGACUCAGGUGUAAAGUAUUAUUAUGAAUAUGCGAAAUUACUGGAAAAUUAUGACAAAAAGCCAGUAAUACGGACGACCUCUCAAAGCCGGAUGGUUGACUCCGCGCGCUAUUGGGCUCUUGGAUUUUUUGGGUGGGACAUGCAAGAUAAAGUGAACAUCGAGGUACUGACUGAAACAUUCUUUCAAAAUAAUACCUUAGCACCAUACAUGAGUUGCCCCAAUCCAUUUUCACCCAAAGUACUUAAAGCCCUCGCUUGGCGUUUCAAAAUGCUGAAAAAGGCCACGGAUCGAAUUAACAAACACGUUAAAGGCAUUACGUUUUCAUCAUCUGACGUAUCUAACAUGAUCAGCUUGUGUGGAUAUGAAACGGUGGCUCUUGGUUAUUCGAACUUUUGUAAACUGUUUACCAAGCAAGAUUUUGAGGAAUAUGAAUAUGAGCAGGAUCUCAUGCACCAGAGCGUGUUUGGAUUUAUGAGUGUCACAUCUAAGGCAUGGGGUGUUGGAUGGGUGACUGAAUUUAUUCAUCGAUUAAAGCACAAGGCAUUUGAUGGUCCUCAAACAUCUCAGAACUCGACUCUUGACCAUAAUCCUAAGUAUUUCCCAGUUCAUCAGCCAUUAUAUGUCGACUUUACUCAUGACAUUGUUAUUGAAUCAAUUUUGACUGCGCUGAACUUUAAGCAGCUGGCGGAUGAACUUGAUGGCGGUCGCAUGCAACCAAAUCGCCGCUUCCGUACCAGUCAUGUUGUGCCAUUCGGUGCACGUCUAGUAUUUGAAGUGAUGGAAUGUGAUGAAAAUGGAGAUAAAUCUGAAUACAUCAGAGCCAAGCUCAAUGAUGCCGUUGUGCCGUUGGAUGGAAAUCAAGGAUGUGAGUCUCGACUAGAUGGACUGUGCAGACUUGAUAACUACUUAAGCCACUUGGAGAAACAUGCUUUUCAAAAUUCGAAUUUCGACUUCUUGUGUCGUCUCAAAAUUGAUGAAAAUUUUGAUUUGAAGAAGCUUCUGGAUGGAGGUAUCUUAUCUAAUGACGACUUGAAGCAGAUUUCGAAGACACCACCCGGCUAUCAUGAGCAUCAUAAGAAAUCAGAUGACCCUCUUGGCUUUGCGUUGAAUUCAAAGAUGACGAGACAUACUCGUUCGGGUUUUGUGGGCAGAUUUGCACAAAUACUCGCUUGA